AUGUCCAUCCUCGUAGCACACAGCAGCCGCAAGAGCCUGGCCUCACUGCCCAGCCCCGUCGACUCCGGCGUCGUUGGCACAGCUUCUGUCGCUCGCAGCGUUCGACCAGGCUCGGCCGACCUCUCGAACCGAAAUGUCAGCAUCGCGUCGUCCACUACUAACUCACGUCCAGCCACAGCAAAUGGGUCAAUGUCAGGGAUGCCAGGUGGCAUGCCAGGCGCUAUGCCGGCUUCGGCCCCUCCUGCUCGCGCUUCGCCUGUCCCCAACCAAGCCAUCCCCAAUGGCAAGCCCACCUCUCCGCUCGUCAGCACCAGUAACCCUAUGCCGAAUGGCGGUGCCGGUCAGACUGCCCCACAGACCAUCACUUCCAAGGACCCGAAGGCUGCUGCUCAGGCUGCGUCAGACAUGAGGAAUAUUGUGCGCAGGAAGCUCACUGGAUAUGUUGGUUUCGCCAAUCUGCCCAACCAAUGGCAUCGCAAGAGUGUGCGAAAAGGCUUCAACUUCAACGUUAUGGUCGUUGGUGAAUCUGGUCUUGGCAAGUCGACUCUCGUCAACACUCUCUUCAACACCUCGCUAUACCCACCCAAGGAGCACAAGCAGCCAUCUCUCGACUUUGCGCCCAAGACUGUGAGCAUACAAAGCAUCAGUGCCGACAUUGAGGAGAAUGGCGUGCGCCUCCGCUUGACCGUCGUCGACACUCCUGGCUUCGGUGACUUCGUCAACAACGAUGACUCGUGGCGACCAAUCUUGGAGAACAUCGAGCAGCGCUUUGAUGCUUACCUGGACGCUGAGAACAAGAUCAAUCGCAUGAACAUCGUUGACAACCGUGUCCACGCCUGCGUCUACUUCAUCCAGCCUACUGGUCACUCCCUUAAGCCGCUUGAUGUUGAGGUCAUGCGCAGACUUCAUACCAAGGUCAACCUCAUUCCAGUGAUCGCCAAAGCAGAUACACUUACCGAUGAUGAGAUUGAGCAUUUCAAGCAGCGCAUUCUUGCCGACAUCCAAUACCACAACAUACAGAUCUUCGAGGGCCCACGAUACGAGCUUGACGAUGAGGAGACUAUCGCCGAGAACAACGAGAUCAUGUCCAAGGUUCCCUUCGCAGUCGUCGGCGCCAAUACCGAGGUGCAGACACCGGAAGGACGUAAAGUCCGUGGCCGCCGAUACCCAUGGGGCGUGAUUGAAGUCGACAACGAGGAGCACUGUGACUUCGUCAAGCUCCGCCAAAUGCUCAUCCGCACGCACAUGGAAGAGCUGAAGGAGCACACCAACAACACUCUCUACGAGAACUACCGCUCCGACAAGCUCACUGCUAUGGGUGUCGCCCAAGACCCCUCAGUCUUCAAGGAGGUCAAUCCGGCUGUGAAGCAAGAAGAGGAGCGAUCUCUCCACGAGCAAAAGCUGGCCAAGAUGGAGUUGGAGAUGAAGAUGGUGUUCCAGCAGAAAGUGCAGGAGAAGGAGAACAAGCUCAAGCAGUCUGAAGAGGAGCUGUAUGCCCGACACCGAGAGAUGAAGGAGCAGCUCGAUCGACAAAGACUGGAGCUGGAGGAGAAGAAGGGCAGGAUUGAGAGCGGACGCCCUGUGGAGGAUGCUAAGAGCAGGAAGAAGGGCGGGUUCUCGUUGAGGGGUUAG